AUCAUCUCAAGACACUAAGUUUAUCGACAGAUGACAUCACUACAAAAACCCGUAUGCAAUAACCAGUUUUCCUUAUAUCUUAUUUUAUAAUGUUUGUUGAUUAUUUUAGUUUAUACUAUACUUCUGGACAGAGCAAUUGUGUGAAGAAUGAAGUCAAUUGUGGCGGUAUGCUUGCUGGUGUGGGGAUGUCAAGGGCAGAAUAACAAUUUCCAGAGCACAAAUCAAUGGCUUGGAACCUUUUUAACUCCGACAAAUAAAAGACCCACGGAUUGUUACACUGAGAAGCAGGAAGUGGGACAAUGUGUGAAAUUGUCAGAAUGCAUGGACAGCAACGAAAUCGACUUGGAAAACAUGGACGUUUAUAGAGGAUUAAGCUGCCACUACUUGAAGAUAUGCUGUCCAACCAGUCGAUUGAUAACGACAGGAACCGUGACUCCACCUCCACUGCCGCCGAAGAGGCCAGGAUGUGGAUGGAGUAACCCCGGCGGCUACGCAUUCCGCGACUCUUCAAACACGCACGCUGAGUUCGGAGAGUUUCCUUGGAUGGUUGCAUUGAUGAGGGAAGUCAGUCAGAACCAGGGAUGGGAUCCAAAGGAUUACUUGGGAGGUGGAACUCUGAUCCACCAUUCGGUGGUGAUGACGGUCGCUCAUAAACUCAAGGCCAUUAAUUACGACCCGUCAUUGAUAAAAUGCCGUCUUGGCGAAUGGGACACACAGAAUACUAACGAAAUUUAUCCCCACCAAGACAGAAACGUCAAUAAAAUCCUUGUUCAUGAACAGUUCUCUUCGAAGACGUCAGCGAAUGAUGUUGCUCUAUUAAUAACAACGUCCCCAUUCGAUCUAACCGAUCCCCAUGUGGGGAUUGCCUGUUUGAGCUUCAAUGAGCCUAAAAUGGAUGCCAAUUGUUUUAGCAUGGGUUGGGGUAAGGACUUCAAUAAUAAUGACAAAUACGCUGUUUGGUUAAAGAAGGUGCCAUUACCAGUAGUUGACCACGGAACUUGUGAAUAUGCCUUGCAAGGUUCGCGGCUUGGAAGUAAAUUCAGAUUGCACAACUCAUUGAUAUGUGCUGGAGGAACGAAGAACUUUGACACGUGCACCGGUGAUGGAGGCUCAUCACUAGCUUGUCGCACUUCGAGCGCUGGUGCCCCACCACGUUAUUCAGUGUAUGGAAUGGUUGCAUUUGGCGUCGAAUGUGGUACUGUGCUACCUGCUGCGUACGUGAACGUAGCGACGAUGAUUCAAUGGAUCACUAAUAAAUUUGCUGAUGAAAAACUUGACGUUCCGUUCUUCGCUUAAGGACCUAUACUAUCGCCAAACUCCAAAGUACAUUGUUUCUUUCCAUUUUUCGUCAUCGUUUCUUGAAGUAAGGCGAGUGGAAAAAAUAUAUGGUGGAGUUGAGUA